ACAAGUCCAGCUGAGCAUCGGAGAUGUCAAGGGAGGAGGCGAUCGGGAGAGUCCCAGCAAGAAACGAGUCUUGUUCUUCCUCCUCCUCGCCUACUGCAUCGCUUGCUAGUAUUCCAGACUGCAGUGAAUCAUCGACUCCUCUAAACAUCUGCACGUGCUCUCGCGAGUCAUCUGCUGAGAGUCUAGGUUGAGAGCUCCAGGGCU